GAAAGAGAUUGUGGGCGGGCCCUGGUAGGGAGAAAGAGAGAUGGUAGGCUUCUUAUCUUGUUAAGCCUUCAGAGUAAGAGGCUCCUUCUUAGCUGAGGAUGCUUAGAGAGCGGUAGGGUGUGCUGGGACUCCCGGCUCAUCACCACGCGGACCUUGCGGCUCCAGGAACAGCUGGGCUGGCAGCAAAGCCUCGCCCAUCCCCAAGCCCCAUCCUUUCAGCGGUAGCUAGCCAUCAAAGAGCCAGGACUGCUUGGCACAUCCUUGGAGAAACCCAGGUUAAGAAAAGGAAGAAGAGGAGUUGUCGGAAAGAGAGAAAAGGAAGGAUGCGCCCCCCGGGAGCUGCGACGAUGCCGGCCAUCUGAUCCCUCGGCACCAAUACGCCAUUGUGGGCUGGGGGAACCAGCUAGAGAAGCCGAGCGGGGGGCGCCGGCUGCCUCUGCUGAGACCGCCGCACAAUCCCUCCCUCGGACCCUCCAGAGCUGCUAUGGGAAGCCGGCCCACGAGGGCGAGCGGCAGCCCCAUGAUCCUGCCCCUGCUCUGGCUCUUUGUGCUCCUCAAGAAUGCUACACCCUUCCAUGUCACUGUCCAAGAAGAUAAUAGCAUUGUGGUCUCCCUGGAAGCUUCAGAUGUUGUGAGUUCAUCAUCUGUAUAUGUUGUGAAGAUAACUGGUGAAUCUAAGAAUUAUUUCUUCCAGUUUGAAGAAUUUAACAGCACACUGCCUGCUCCUGUGGUCUUCAAUGCCAGUUACCAUGGUCUUUAUUACAUAAUCACUUUGGUGGUAGUGAAUGCAAAUGUAGUGAUCAAACCAGCCAGAUCAAUCACUGUGUUAACAAAGCCUCUUCCUGUCACCAGCGUUUCUAUUUAUGACUAUAAGCCUUCUCCUGAAACAGGAGUCCUAUUUGAAAUUCAUUAUCCAGAAAAGUACAAUGUUUUUACAAGAGUAAACAUAAGCUAUUGGGAAGGCAAAGACUUCCGGACAAUGUUAUACAAAGAUUUUUUUAAAGGUAAAACCGUUUUUAAUCACUGGCUGCCUGGGAUAUGUUAUAGUAAUAUCACCUUUCAGCUAGUAUCUGAGGCAACGUUCAACAAAAGCACUCUGGUGGAAUACAGUGGUGUAAGUCAUGAACCCAAACAGCACAGAACAGCUCCUUUCCCACCUCAAAACAUCUCAGUUCGAAUUAUAAGCCUGAACAAGAAUAAUUGGGAAGAAGAGAGUGGAAGUUUCCCAGAGGAAUCAUUCCUGAGGCCACAAGAUCUCAUAGAAAAAGAGAAACUGCUCCAUUUUACAGAUGAUCCUCCUGAAAUUUCUUCAGCCAACACUUCUUCUGGGUGGCCAGAUUUUAACAGUAGUGAUGAGGAAACAACACUCCAGCCAUAUUGGUGGGAUAGUGAAACUGUAACACCAGAAAAUGAAGAUGAAUUUGUCAGUGUUCUUCCCAGGGAAGAUAAAAAUAAUAAUACAGUUAGCCUGAUUGAGAAAUCAACAUCAGCACCUUUAUCUUUUUUUCCUGUGCAAAUGAUAUUGAACUGGUUGCCUCCCAAACCACCUACUGCCUUUGAUGGGUUCCAUAUUCACAUAGAGAGAGAAGAAAACUCUACUGAAUUUCUGACAGUCAACGAGGAAGCACAUGAAUUUGUCACUGAGCUGAAUGAACCUGGAAAAUAUAAAUUAUCUGUGACAACCUUUAGUUCCUCUGGAUCUUGUGAAACACGAGGAAGUCAAUCAGCCAAAACAAUUAGUUUUUACAUCAGUCCUUUAGGAGAAUGGAUUGAAGAAUUAACAGAGAAGCCUCAGCAUGUCCGCGUGAAUGUUUUAAGCUCUACCACUGCCUUAAUGUCUUGGACAUCUUCGCAAGAGAGGGACAACAAUAACACAAUUGUGUCUGUCGUGUCUCUAACCUGCCAGAAACAAAAGGAAAGUCAAAGACUUGAAAAGCAUUAUUGUACUCAGGUUAACUCAAGCAAAAGCAUCAUUGAAAAUCUGGUUCCUGGUGCCCAAUACCAGGUUGUGAUUUACCUAAGAAAAGGUCCUUUGAUUGGACCACCUUCAGAUCCUGUUACGUUUGCCAUAGUUCCCACUGGAAUCAAGGACUUAAUGCUCUACCCUUUGGGUCCGACUGCUGUUGUUCUGAGCUGGACCAGGCCUUACUUAGGGGUGUUCAGGAAGUAUGUGGUAGAAAUGUUUUAUUUCAAUCCUGCAACAAUGAUAUCAGAAUGGACAACCUACUACGAAAUAGCUGCAACUGUUUCCUUAACUGCAUCUGUGAGAAUAGCCAAUCUGUUACCAGCAUGGUACUACAACUUUCGGGUUACCAUGGUGACAUGGGGAGAGCCAGAAUUGAGCUGUUGUGACAGUUCUACUAUAAGCUUCAUAACAGCCCCCGUGGCUCCAGAAAUCACUUCUGUUGAAUAUUUUAACAAUUUGCUGUAUAUAAGUUGGAUGUAUGGGGAUGACACCACUAACCUCUCCCAUUCCAGAAUGAUGCAUUGGAUGGUUGUUGCUGAAGGAAAGAAAAAGAUAAAAAAGAGUGUAACACGAAAUGUAAUGACUGCAGUACUAAACCUACCUCCAGGUGAUGUCUACAAUCUUUCAGUAACUGCCUGCACUGAAAGGGGAAGCAACACCUCUCUGCCUCACCUUGUGAAACUGGAACCAGCUCCUCCAAAAUCCCUUUUUGCAGUGAAUAAGACUCAAACUUCAGUGACUCUGCUAUGGGUAGAAGAGGGAGUUGUUGACUUCUACAAAGUCUUCUGUCAUCAAGCUGGAUCUAAUGAGGAAAUAAAACUCCAGGAGCCAAUUUCAGUUUUUUCUCAUGUUGUGACGAUUUCCAGCCUCCUGCCUGCCACUGUCUACAACUGUAGUGUAACCAGCUUCAGCCACAACAGUGCCAGUGUUCCUACAUUCAUAGCCAUCUCCACAAUGGUUACUGAGAUGAAUCCCAAUGUGGUGGUGAUCUCAGUGCUAGCAAUCCUGAGCACACUCUUGAUUGGACUGCUUCUUGUUACACUCAUCAUUCUCAGGAAAAAGCAUCUGCAGAUGGCCAGAGAGUGUGGGGCUGGAACAUUUGUCAAUUUUGCUUCCUUGGAAAGAGAUGGAAAGCUUCCAUACAACUGGCGUAGGAGUAUAUUUGCUUUCCUCACUCUGCUACCUUCAUGUCUUUGGACUGAUUAUCUUUUGGCAUUUUAUAUUAACCCCUGGAGUAAAAAUGGACUAAAGAAGAGGAAAUUAACCAAUCCUGUUCAGCUGGAUGACUUUGAUGCCUACAUUAAAGAGAUGGCCAAAGAUUCAGAUUAUAAAUUUUCUCUACAGUUUGAGGAACUGAAGUUAAUUGGGUUGGAUAUUCCACAUUUUGCUGCUGAUCUUCCACUGAAUAGAUGUAAAAACCGUUACACAAAUAUUCUCCCAUAUGACUUUAGUCGUGUCAGACUAGUCUCCAUGAAUGAAGAAGAAGGUGCAGAUUACAUCAAUGCCAACUAUAUUCCUGGAUAUAACUCACCCCAGGAGUACAUUGCCACACAGGGACCUCUCCCAGAAACCAGAAAUGAUUUUUGGAAGAUGGUUCUCCAGCAGAAGUCACAGAUUAUUGUUAUGCUUACUCAGUGCAAUGAGAAAAGGAGGGUGAAAUGUGAUCAUUACUGGCCCUUUACUGAAGAACCCAUUAUAUAUGGAGAUAUUACUGUAGAGAUGACCUCUGAAGAAGAACAAAGUGACUGGGCCUACAGAAGUUUCCGAAUCAGCUAUGCUGAUGAGGUGCAAGAUGUCAUGCAUUUUAACUACACUGCCUGGCCUGACCAUGGUGUGCCCACUACAAAUGCUGCAGAAAGCAUCAUGCAAUUUGUACAGAUGGUCCGACAGCAAUCCACAAAGACCAGAGGCCCCAUGAUCAUACACUGCAGUGCUGGUGUGGGACGGACAGGGACAUUCAUAGCCCUUGAUCGACUCUUACAACACGUUUGUGAUCAUGAAUAUGUUGACAUUUUGGGUCUGGUGUCAGAUAUGAGGUCAUACAGGAUGUCCAUGGUGCAGACAGAGGAACAAUACAUUUUUAUCCAUCAGUGCGUACAAUUGAUGUGGAUGAAGAAAAAGAGACAGUUCUGCAUCAGUGAUGUGAUAUAUGAGAAUGUUAGCAAGUCCUAGUUCAGGAUACUAAGCAGGAGAACAUGAAGUAUACCUACCUUCCCUUGCUUCAGAAUUAUUGGGGGCGGGAAGAAUCUACUAGCCAUUUUGCCAAGGAAGGCCCCUGCUUUGCAGUAUGUGGCCAAUAAAGAAGAUAUAUUUUAUCUUGUAGAAACACUGGGAAGACUUAGCCUUAAAGAGCCUACAGUGUCUUUUGGACUGUUUAUUUCUGGACAUUUUAAAAUAUUGGACCAAAUUCAACCAAAUAUGGUAAAGGAUGAGAUGCUCUACAGAGGACAGAAAGUACGCCACUCCUGAAGAGUUUGAUUUAUCUUUUGCUGGUUGGACUUAGUUUAAAGCAAGUAUGAUAGAUAUAGAUAUAUAUAUGCAUAUAUAUAUUUUUGGUGACUAUCUCAGAAAGAAAAGUUGCUUUCACUAUGUCACUAGUCUAUUAUUAGCAUCUAAUAACUCUUCAUUAUUAAGAGAGGCAUGAACAUACUUCAAGUAAUUGCGAUUCUGCACAAGGAAAUAGGAAUAUUAAUGUUACUGUUUACUCCAGCAUUAAGGUACCAGGUUUAAGGUGGAAAGGAUAGGGGGCAAGGAAGCAGGGAUACUAUACCCAUGGAUUUUUUUUUCCUGUUCCAAAUAUAUAAGCUGUAAUACAGCUCUCUAAUGUAGAAUAGAAAAAAUGUCUUAAUUGUUCUAGUUGUUUAUGAUUUUUUUAAUUAACAGUAGGAUGUCUCAUCCUUGAUCCUUUGGAAUUUGUAUUGCCAUGUCGGUUUCUUUUCAAUGAAUCUGGUCUGGGUUCAGAAGAGUUUACAAUCUGGUUAUCUUUAAGCUCUGUUGAUAUAGUGUUUGUCCAUCCAAGCAAUUUUUGGUGCCAAGACCUUUUUUGUUAAACACCAUUGAGGAGAAAGCUCUCUCUUUUGGAAAAUGUGUACUGUGAAGACAUUCCUUCACCUAUCUGAAGGGUUGGGAAUUCAUGAAGCUAUGAGAAAAAGCUACAGUAUGCCAGAGAAUUACCUUGCUAUAUUUUGAAGAUGCUGUCAAGCACUCAACAUGGGUCCCAGCAGGCUUGUUUUUUUAAUUUGCUCUUGGGUUGUCAAUUUCAUUUAUUAUCAGUGUAAUUAGUAACAUUUUAUGAUUUGAGCAUUGUGUAAUGACAUUAUGUGACUGUAUUGUGAUCAGAAUGCUGUCAAAAUGGAUACUGAUGGCAUUGAGAAGCCUGUUUCAUUGUGUCACUGCAAUUCACAUUUAUAUAAGAGGUAAUGGUACUAAGAGUAUAAAGAAAAAUACUUAGAAUGAAAAAGUAAACAUUCACCAAUUGUUCACUGCAACAGUCUUGCUGUUGUAGAGAAAAUGGAGGUUUUCUCCCUUGAUGCUUUGCACCCCUUAGUUUAUUGUUAAGUGCAUCUUCUCUAGAAGCUUCUUUAGAGAUCUUAAUAGUUUCUGGGAGGUUAAGUGGGUAAGCAAAGGUUUGGUAUUUUUUGGCAAAUUGAGCAAUUGCAAAGGAUGUCAAGCAAAUAGCACUGGGGCUAGAUGUUGAGGCAUAGACCUUGUAUCUCAGUUCUAACUCUGACAAGUCUAUGGUCAAAGAUUCCCUUCUCCUUGGACAGGUCAAUAUGAUAUUAGUCAAGACUGAAGAAAGCACGUUCUUUAGGCACCCGUCCUGCCCUCCUUUUCCCCCACUGCAAUUUCUCACUCUUGUUAAGUUUGUCACUACUGCUUACUAUUAUAAUAAUUUAAGCACUUUGAGACAACAACACAGAACAGGGGGGAAAAAUCUGUCAGCCACAGUAUGAUAUUCAUAGGCAUUCACAGAUGAGUCAGGCCAUUGAUGAAAACUAUAGCUGAAGUGUUAUUUGGUUAGAAUAGAAUUUCUUUUUUCAAAAUUGUGACCCAGAAACUAACAACCUUUAAAAAAUAUAGUAGUACUCUGGAAAUCAAGAACUUCUUAAAUAUCUUAUUAAUCUCUGCCAGACCUCUACAAAGUAGGGAUCAAAUAUUACUUUUUGAUAUAUGGGCAUUCUAACGAACAUGGAUAUUCAGUUAGGUUUCCUCCCUCCCCACCUCACUUCCAGUUUAACAGAGCAAGGCAAAUGACAGAAUCAUAGAAUCUUAAAGCAGGAAGUACCUUCAAGGCCACCUAAUACACUUUUUACCUGAACAAGAAUGAACUGUACAACAGGUUUGGCAAGUGGUUGUCCAGCCUCUGCCUAAUAAUCUCCAGUUAGGGAGGUCCACUACUUCCCAAAGCAAGCCCAUCCUUUCUACCAUCUGGAUAAUUCCAAUUUGUUAGGAAAUUUUUCUUAAAACUGAAGUAAAAUAGCUUUUCUUAAAAUUAAUAAUACAAGUAGCUGGCAUUUAUAUCGCACUUUAAAUUUUCCUAAGCACUUCUCAAAUAUUGUCCCAUUUGAUCCUCCCAGUAACUUUCUCCCCAUUUUACAGAUUAAAAAAAACACCCUGAGGUUGAGAGAUUAAAUAUUUUCCCCGUGGUCACAUAGCUAAUAAAUGUUCUAGGCAGAAUUUAAAUCCAAGUCUGCCUAAUGUCAAGUUCACUACUCCCCAAUAAGCUCUGAGUUUUGCCCAGGGGUGGGGGUGGGGGUGGGAGUGGGGAGGAGGCAAACAGAAUAAAUCUCUUCUUUUAAACCAGGCAACACUUCAAAAACCUGAAGUCAGACACAUUCCAUCCAAGUCUUCUCUUCUCCAGGCACAACAUCCCUAGUUCCUUGUACAAAGCAUGACAUCAAAGCCCUCCAGAAAACUCAUCUCCCUAAAAUGUCCAGAGCUGAACAUAGUACACCAGAUGUGAUUUAACAAGGGAAGAAUAGAGCAGAGAUGUCAACUCCCAGGAUACCAUGCUUCUCUUCAAACACUUUAAAUCCGAUUGGGCUUUUAGUUGCUAUAUUAUGCUGUUGAGCUUGUAGCCCACUAAAGGAGAUCUUUUUUCAGAACAUCUGCAGUCCAGCUAUGCUGCCUUUCUUAUAUUAUGAGUCAGUUGGUCUACUAUGCUCAAAUAUAAAGAAUUCAAGAAGAAGGUAGGGGACUUGGGGAAGAAGAAGAAAAGGAGCAGCAAAAAAAGACCAAAAAAAAAUUGGGCUUUGGCAGGAGAUGGAUUCAAGGAAGAGGAGGAAGAGGAGCCAAGACACUGAACCAAACCCAGAUGCUCAAUUCUUAACUCUUGGAAUGUGAACACAAAGACAGAAACCAUCUAUUUUAAUAUUCCUUCUAAGAACUAAAUACUAGAGAAUUCAAAACUUGGAAAGAAUAUUCCUUCAGAGAACCAUACUCCUUAAGACAAUCUUGACAGCCAUGGAAAAAGAGUAUAAAGUAGACUCAAAGAACUCCAGACACCCUGCAGUUCUGUACCAGAUGAUUUUGGGAAAGUUUCCUGAAAUAUUGUACCUAGAGUUUGUGAUUUAGAAUCAAAAGUCUUCUGUUAACUCAUAGGUUACCUAUUCAUCAUAGUACCACAUAGCAGAAUGAACAUUGGAAUAGAUUUUAGGAAACUUGGAUCCUAGUUCUGGGGGGGAAAAUGUGACCUUGGGCAAAUCAUUAAGUCUCUUUGAGCCUCAGUUUUCUAAUUUAUUUAUGGAGGAAUAUUAAUGCCUCCUCUACCUACCUCACAGAGUCAUUGUGAGGAUUAAAUAAUAUAAAUGUGAAAGUGCUUUGAAAAAGUACUAUUAAAAUUUGGGGGGGAGGGAAUGACUACCCUAUUCCCAUCCUUUGAGCCAGAGAUCUAUUUCUGUGCAUAUACUCCAAGGGAUAGGGGGUAGAAAACUAGCUUCAGAGCUGCUAAGACCUGGGCACAAGCCUGCUGCUGACACACAUUAUCUGUAUGACCCUGAACAAGUCAUUUAAACUUACCAUGCUCUAGGCAACUUUCUGAAACUGUAAGGCGCAGAGAAGGUGUCAAUCUUCAUUGGUAAAAGGGGACCUUCCUCACCCUGUAGUUUCCUAUACCAGUAAAAUCACAGAUCUAGCCCCUCUCUUUAUAUUCCAAUGUAUUCAAAGAUAAGAAAUGUCUCAUUGCAUCAGAAUAUUAAAAUCAGAAUGUUUUGUUUUAGAAAAGACCUGAAAAUAAAAUAUCCAUCAGUUGAGAAUGGCUAAAUAUAUUUUGAUCUAUGAAUAGAAUGGAAUAUGGGUAUAUCAUUAAAAAAUGGUGAAUAUGAGGAAUUCAAAGAAACAUGGGAAGACUCCUAUAUGCUGAUAACAAAGUAAAGUAAGCAGAACCAGGAAAGCAAUAUACACAAUGACUACAACAAUGUAAACAAAAAGAACAAUAACAUGAAAAAUGAAUGCUGUGUAAUUAUAACGGCCAGUCUUGGCCCUGGGGAAAAAUAAGAAAAAUAUCUCCUUCCUUUCCUUGGAGAGUUGUGAGAAUAUGAGUAUGGAAUGUUAACUACACUGUCAGAUAUAGUCAAUGUGUUCGUUGGUUUUGCUUAAUGCUUUUUUUUCUCUCCCUUUAUUAAAAGGGAAGACUCACAGGGGAGGGGCAAAUUUGGAAAUGACUGCGAUGUAAAAACAAAAGACAUCAAUAAAACAAAAGAAAGAAAGUACUAUAUAAAAA